AUGGCCAUUUCCAACACUUACGCGGUUCUUGGUUCCACAGGAAAUUGUGGCACGGCGCUCAUCCGAAAUCUCCUGAACAAGCCCGAUACCCGUAUUCAUGCAUACUGUCGCAAUCGUUCUAAACUCCUUCGGCUUCUACCCGACUUCAAAGAAGGUGGAAGAGUCAAGAUAUUUGAAGGAAGCAUUCAUAAUAUUGAGCUUUUGACAUCGUGCUUGCGCAAUUGUCGGGCCGUGUUCCUGGUUGUCUCGACGAAUGACAACAUUCCUGGCUGUCGCCUGGCACAAGACACGGCCGCGGCUGUGAUUGAAUCGCUUCAAAAAAUCAAGCAGGGAAGCACAGAUAGUAACGAAAUAAGAAAAAUGCCCAAGCUGGUCUUACUGUCAUCCGCUACCAUAGAUGAUCACUUCUCCCGUCACGUUCCGUACCUGCUCCGACUCAUUCUCCUCCGCUCGGCAUCUCACGUCUACAAUGACUUAAUCGAAACUGAAAAAUUGCUCCGGGCACAAGAAGACUGGCUGACGACUAUUUUUAUCAAGCCAGGCGCUUUAUCAGUGGAUAUACAAAGGGGCCAUGCGCUGAGCCUCACUGACGAGGAGAGCCCAUUAUCUUACUUAGACUUAGCGGCUGCGAUGAUUGAGGCAGCUGAUGAUGAGAGUGGGAGCUAUGACAUGAAGGAUGCCAAGUUUCCGACGGGCACCCCGAUGUGCAUCUUCAUGGGUUUGCUCCGACACUUCUUCCCGUUGUUACACCCUUACCUCCCUUUAAACACGGGACCGGGCUGA